AUGAGCCUGAACUGCCUAUCGUGCGGCGGGCACUCGGAGCCCAGGAGGGACACGAAGCUGGAGCAUGGCCGCGACGACGUCCCGUGGGCGGCGAGGUGCUUCGGGGUCGGCCGGAGCUGGUCGGGGGAGCUGACCCCGCCGCCCCUCUACGCUCACCUGAGGAGCAGUUCCAUCCCCGUGGACCCCCCCGACGACAAGCAGAAGGGUCACCGCAAGAUCGCGAGCACCGGCAGCGCUCUGUUCGGUGGCAGCACGGACGCCCGAGAGGCGGGGGCAGCGACGGAGGAGGAGCCGCGGCUGGUGCGCAGCGGAGGCAUGCGGCGGGACUGGAGCUUCGAGGAUCCGCGCGAACGCAUGGCCGGGGUGGUGAAGGGUUUAGAUAGAGGGACGUGGUGA